UUUUUAAAAAGACAUGAAGGUUGAGAUCGUACAGUUGUGUAGCAGUAUCAUACGGGGUCCAUGACAAAGCUGAAGCUAACAAGAUAAUGGUUUACUGCCACAGAUCUCAGUACAUGCCCGUCACCUGUGUGUUGUUGACACCCUGGACCACCUUCUUCUUCUUCUUCUUCUUCUUCUUCUGUUCCUUCUUCUUCUUCUUCUUCUGCUCCUUCUUGUCGCGUGUCUCUGCAGUUGUGUUGUGUUACCGCCCUCUGUCGUCCGUCUGGCAGCACUGACCCCAACCGCCGAGGAGACGGAGAGGAGGACACCACGGGAAACGGCUCUCCAACGGGCGGGACUCGGGAGACACUUCGACCCCAAGUCCUGUCAACUCAACCAGACAUGAUUUACCGCUGUCAUAAAAACUGGACGGACUUUAUCUCUGACAGCUGAAGCUACGAGCUGUUUUAAAACGCUCCUUGAUCCUCAGCAGCAGCAAUUGAUAAAAAUACAAUGGCAGAAGGAACAAAUAGGCUCGGGCUGAGAGCCACAGACCGGCUGCGGAAGCUGAUAACUAUUGAGAGAGAGACAGCUGGGAAACCUUCGGCUGGAGCAACCGGUGUAGAUACCAUGGCAGAAGGUGGGUGCAGAGAGAAACAGCGGCCUUCACUGAUCCAGAGGGUGGAAACAAUGACGUCUGUCAUAGAGCUGCUUUUGGAAACACUGGCUGGUUUGAGUGUCAGGGAGCUUGAGAAGUUCAAGACGGUCCUGAUUCAAAGUCACCUCUACAGACGACUCUAUUGGAGGCAGCUGAGGACAGACAUGCAGGACACAGUGUUUUUAAUGGUGCAGACUGAUGGCCAACAGUCUGUGGAGACGACCAAGCAGGUUUUAAAGAAGAUGAAGAGGACUGAUCUGGUGCAGAUUUUGUCAGACAGCAGCUCAGGAACCAAAAAAAAACACUCUGUGGAUGAACACCUGUCUGCACUGAUACACAAAGUGGCAACAAUGAGGGCGUUUAAAGAGCUGCUUUUGGAAACACUCAGUGAUUUGAGUAACGUGGAGCUCAAGAAAUUCAAGUGUUUGCUGCAGUUCACGCUCUUCCAGAGGAACAUUGAACUCAUCUCAUGGAGAGAACUGCAUUGGAUUGACUCCGUAAACCAACUGGUGGAUGUGAUUUUGAAGAGAUACGGUCAACAGUCUGUGGAGGUGACCAAGGAGGUUUUGAUGGACAUGAACAGGACUGAUCUGGUGCAGAGGCUGCCAGAGACCAGCUCAGGACACAAAGUUGUCAUUAAAUGUGUUGCAGCUGCAGGAUCAUCAGCUGAAGCUUUUGGUGUGAGAACCACAGAGAGAGAGAAACACUGUGUGGAUGAACAUUGGCCUGCAUUGAUCCAGAAGGUGGAGACGAUGACGUCUGUCAUAGAGCUGCUUUUGGAAACACUGGCUGGUUUGAUUGACAGGGAGCUCAGGAAGUUCAGAGAGGUCCUCCUGAGUCAGACUAACAUCUACAGACACUUCUCAGGCAUAAGAGUGAUACUGUGGGAGAAAGAAGACCAGCAGGCCACAGUGUUUUUAAUGGUGCUGACCCAUGGCCAACAGUCUGUGGAGAUGACCAAGCAGUUUUUAAAGAAGAUGAAGAGGACUGAUCUGGUGCAGAGGUUGUCAGACAGCAGCAAACCCAAAAAGCAACACUCAGAUGAACACCGACCUGCACUGAUCCAGAAAGUAACAACAAUGGCAGCUGUUAAACAGCUGCUUUUGGAAACUCUGAAUGAUUUGAGUGACAAGGAGCUCAAGAAAUUUAAGUGGUCCCUGGAGUGGAUUGUCUCCCAGAAGAACCUCCCAGACUUCUCACCAGAGUUGAGUGACACCACAGACAGAGCAAAAAUAGUGGAUGUGAUGUUGCAGACCUACAGCCAACAGUCUGUGCAGUUAACCAGGGAGGUUGUAAAGAAAAUGAACAGGACUGAUCUGAUGCAGAGGUUGUCAAAGCCCAGCUCAGAACUCAAAGAGAAACACUCAGUGGAUGACCAUCUACCUGCAGUGUUGGAGAGAGCAGCUGUGAAACAGAUUCUUUUGGAAACACUGAAGGAUUUGAGUUAUAAGGAGCUCAAGAAAAUCAAGUGGUUGCUGCGGUUCACACAGUUCCAGAAGGGCCUUCCACACAUCUCAUUGAGCCGACUACAGUGGACAGACAGUGCAGACCCACUGGUGGAUCUGAUGGUCCAGACUUGUGGCCAGCAGUCUGUGGAGGUGACCAAGGAGGUUUUCAUGGACAUGAACAGGACUGAUCUGGUCAACAAGUUGUCAGUCAUCAGCUCAAGAAUCAAAGAGAAACAUCCAUCUGAACUGCUCCAGAAAGAAGUCACCAUGACACCACUAAUGGAGAAGCUUUUGGAAACACUGGAAGAUUUAAGACCGCAGGAGCUCGGGGACUUCAAGCGUGUCCUACUGCACACUAGAAUGAAGAAAGGCCUCCCUGAGAUCUCCACACAGAGAAUGGAGAUGGCAAACAGAGUUGGCAUGUUGAAGCUGAUGGUGGAGAUUUACGGCCAACAGUCUGUGGAGGUGACAAGGGAGGUUUUAAUGGAGAUGGAGAGGAACAGGAGGGGGAGGGAGGAGAUGAACAGGAGGGAGAGGGAGGAGUGGUGGUUGGAGGAGAUGGUGGAGAUGGAGGAGAUGAACAGGACUGAUCUGGCAGAGAGGUUGUCAGAAAUCAGCUCCGGACUCAAAAAGGAACAUCCGUCUGAACCGCUCCAGAAAGAAGUCACCAAGACACCACUAAUGGAGAAGCUUUUAGAAACACUGGAAGAUUUAAGUCCCGGGGAGCUCGAGAAAUUCAAGCAUGUCUUGCAGUACACUAAAAUGGAGAAAGAUCUCCCAAAAAUCCCAGGACACCAUAUGGAGAUGGCAGACAAAGUUAAAAUAGUGGAGCUGAUGGUGAAGAUCUACGGCCAACAGUCUGUGGAGGUGACCUGCAAAGUUUUGAGGAAGAUGAACAGGACUGAUCUGGCAGAGAUGCUGUCAGGAACCAGCUCAGGACUCAAAGAGAAACAUCAAUCUAAACCGCUCCAGAAGGUGGUGACCAGGACAUCACUUAUGGAGAAGCUUUUGGAAACACUCAAAGAUUUAAGUUAUGGGGAGCUCGAGCAAUUCAAACAUGUCCUACAGCACACUAGAAUGAAGAAGGACCUCCCAAAAAUCUCAAGUCAGAGAAUGGAGAUGGCAGACAGAGAUGAAAUAGUGGAGCUGAUGGUGGAGAUCUAUGGCGAGCAGUCUGUGGAAGUGACCAGGGAGGUUUUAAUGGAGAUGAACAGGACUGAUCUGGCAGAGAGGUUGUCAGAAAUCAGCUCAGGAUCCAAAGGGCCUUCAGGAAGCUCGGAGCUUGAGGGUUGUGGAAGUGUUACGCAGGACUCCAGUGACUGGACUAAACUUGACCCUGAAGUGAACUGUACAGAUGCUGAUGAGGCUCCAACUUACAGCCUACAGUCUGGAGCAGGAAACUUUGAAUGCAGUGUCUCUGGCUUGCGCUGGGUCUGUGAGGAAAAGGUCAGCUUUAAGUACCAGUUUUGCUCUUUGAGUGGACACUUUGAGAGGAUAGAAAGCAUGAAGUACAUGCCUGCAGGUCCCCUGAUGGACAUCACAGUCACUGCUGGGAAGUUAGAUGUAGUGUACCUACCACACUGGAUCUGCAUAGAUGACAAUCCUACAAUAUUAGACAAGUUUGCAGUCCUACACAUAGAUGACUGUGGAGAUGCUGUGGAAAAAGUGUCUGAGGUCACAUCGUCCCAUGUCAAGCUGUCUGAACCAGUUUUCUCUCUAUUAAUGGUCCUGUUGGACUGGUUGGGCCUUCCAGUGGAAAUAAACUGUAUGGUGUUAAUAUAUAGCAAGAUCCUCACAGCAUCAUCUCAAACAUCCCUCACACUCCAUGUUUACCUGAUCCCAUGUGAUCUUGGUCUACAAGAGGAAUUAGAUUCAAGAGAAAAAUCCUAUGGAUUCAAGGGAAUCCGAAAGCCAAAACCAGAAAAGUCCCUGAAAAUGCAAAAUUGGUUCACCUUAACGACAGAUCAGGAAGGUGCACAGAUUUAUCCUAAAGGCGAGAAACCCCAGACAUUAAAGCUCAGAUAUGACAGCACAGAUCCAAACUUCUAUGAAGUGGUCAUAAAAAAUCCAGACAAAGACUUUAAGCUCAUGCUCACACCAGAAAAUGGGCAUCAACCAGUUUGGACCAGUGAAAUUCUACAAGGUGAAUGGCAAAGCACUGGCCAUAUACAAGAGAAACGCUCAGUGGACAAACACCAGGAAGCAGCAGACGGAAAGGCGCUUUUCAAAAUGCUCAAAGAGUUGACAGACGAAGAGUUCAAAGAAUUCAAGUGGUACCUCCUACGCAUCUCAAAGAGCCAACGGCAGAACACUGACAGGGUAGACCUGGUUGAUCUGAUGCUGCAGACCUACACUCAAGAGUCUGUGGAGGUGGCCAAAGAUAUUUUAAAGGAAAUUGGCAGAAAUGAUCUGGUGCAGCUGUUGUCAGACACCAGCUCAGGGUCAGAAGCUGCAGGAUCAUCAGCUUGAGCAUCUGGUGUGAACACCACAGAGGGAGAGAAACUCUGUGGAUGAACAUCUGUCUGCACUGAUCCAGAAAGUGAGCAGAGACACAUCUGUCUGACUCUACACAACAUUUAAUACAUGCUGGCUGGAAUUCAUCCUCACCUUGAACUGAUAAAUUAUGACACAAACCAAAAUUGGCAUCAUGAUAAACCUGUCGCAGAAGUGAGGCUGUAUUAAUCUCUGCAGCAACAGUGAUUUCUUCAGUAAUGUAAGGACACUGUGAU